AUGCCGUUCAGCCGGCCGAUCGUGCACCCCGUUCAGGCGCCGCCGUCGCAGGCGCAGGGGAACGAAAAUCCUGCCCCGAUUGGAGUGCGGAUGAAGAACCCGCAGGGGUCGCCGGGGACAAUAGGCGGGAUCGGCUUCCGCCUAGCGCAGGCAUCUUUCGCGGCCACCUCGCUCGCCACCAUGGCGUCGACCCGCGUCUUUCCCUCCGUCUCAGCCUUCCGCUACCUCAUAGCAGCUGCAACUCUGCAAUGUUUGUGGAGCCUCACUAUUGCCUCUGUGGAGAUCUAUGCACUUCUCGUCAAACGUUCCUUCCGAAACCUCGAAGCUGCAUGCCUGUUUUCCAUUGGAGAUGGGAUCACAGGGUCGCUAACUUUUAGUGCAGCAUGUGCAGCAGCUGGCGUCACCGUUCUCAUUGGAACUGAUGUGGGGAUGUGCGCGGGUAAUCCUUGUGCAUUGUUUAUGACUGCUGUUGCAAUGGCUUUCCUCAGCUGGUUUGCACUUGCACCGUCAUUUCUCUUUAACUUCGGUUUCAUGGCUUCCAGUUUAUCAGUAAUAUUAAGAUAA